AUGACUCUCAACGGAUCCUGUCUCUGCGGGAAAAUCAAAGUCACCGUCAAGGACGGUGGAUUGCCGCUCAAGCCAGUGAUUUGUCGAUGCACCCACUGUCAGACCACUGCUGGAUCUAUGUACUCUCUGGUUUCAUUUGUGCCCGAAGAGCACCUGGAACUCACGGGUGAGACCAAAUCCUUCGAGGACAAAGGCGACAGCGGCAACGUCCUCUCCCGACGCUUCUGCGGCGAGUGCGGUACGCCUAUCCAAAGUGUCUCAGCUUCCAGCGCCGGUAACGCCAUCAUCAAAAUGGGUGUUUUUGCCCGAUCCGAUGGUUGGGGUAAGGACAUUCUUGGUCCUACCGCGCAGAUUUUCACCAAGAACAAGAAGGAUUGGGAGCCGCUCGUUGAAGAUAUCCCUGCUAUCCAAGGUAUGCCCUGA